AUGUUUUUUUCAUCAAAUAUUUAAGAGAAAGAGGUAUGUUAUUCCAAGAUUGAUUUAAUUGACAUUACAUUACAGAAUCAAGCAGAUCUAUCUGCUAGAUUUGCUCACGAGAAGGCUUUAAAGGGUCACAUGAGUGAUGAUCAUGCUUUCAGAGAGUCAAAAGGUUCUCAUAUGUCUGCCCAUUUAAUUCCUAUUUAUUUAGCUCAAUAGUUUCUGGGAAUGGAAAGAAUCUUAUUUGAUGACUCUAAGAAGCUAGAUUGGAAAUUUUUCUCUAAUCACUUGCUUAAUAUGUAAUAGAACAAAAAGUCUCAAUAAUAGUAACCAAUGCUAAUACCUAAAAAGGCAUCUACAGGACCUAGCAACUCACCUCCAGAGCAAGCUGACUUUGUAUAUCAACUGUUUAAUUAGAAAUUUGACUUAGAUCAAUAUAAAAAGAAACAAAACAAAGAAGUAUUAAAUUAGUAAUUGGUUCCUAAUACAGUCAGGAAACAUCUGAAGACUAAAAUUUUCAAAGAUAAAAUUGAUCAGGAUUUAAAGUAGCACUUCAAGACAAUAGAGGUCGGUAAAUUAAACAAAAAGGAAAAAGAAAAUGUUGAUUAUGGAUUUCAAACAAUUUGUGAGAUAAUCUAGAAGCCAAAAAUUGUAAUAGAAAUAGAAAAUUAGUAAAAUACAUCAGAGGUCUUAAAUGAUAGCAGUGAAAGUCUUUAUGAGCAUGGAAAUAACUUCAAAUUCAGAAGAAUGAAGCAACAGCUGUAGGAUAAAGACUAUGGGACAAAGAAGGAGUCUUAGUAAACUUGGCAGAAGUGGAGACACUAUUCCAUCUAAGAUCAGAAACUUCUUAAGUGCUAAUUGGACGAUGAAUCAUUUAUGGAUCAACAAUAAAAUUCCCCUAAUAUUCCUCAGUCAAUAGAUUAUAAUGAUCCAUUAGAUUUAGGAAAUCGAGUUGACAAUCUAGUUAACAGUAAGCCCCUAUUCUUCUAUGUGAGAAGAAAAUCCUGUUGCUGUAGAGACUGCAAGAUGUAUAAGGAACUUAAAGGUUUGAACAUUGUUCUUGAGUCUGAUCUGAUCGGUAAAAAACUAUAAUUCAAAAAUCUUAUUGCUAAGGCUACAUAGAUACUUAGUCGGAAAGCGACAUAAGCUAAGAUAAUUAAUAAAAAUACUCUAAAUGAUCAUGUUUAGAAGAGAUUUAAAUCACAGUAUCUUGAUGGAAUCGUCACACAGAGUUUAUAAAAUUUCAAUGAGAAGCAAAAUUAAGUGGCCUAGACUCCAGUCCCUUAAGUGGCUGAUAAAAGGUCAAAAGUCACCAACUUAAGAAGUAUUGUUAUUAAAGACUUGACCUCUAAAGAAAAGCUUAUGCAUUAAUACAAUCAACAGUACCAGACACAACCUCAAAUUGAUGGCAAUAGUAUUGACAGUGAGGAAAGCCAGAUUGAAGAACUGGAAGAGAUUUUUCAACAGGAAAUAGAGAAUUUUAGAUAGAGUCAAGGUUGUGAAGAAUCUGAUUUUAAGAAGCUUAAUAAAUUCUUCAGUGCUCGUGCUGAUGUGGAAAAAAAUUUGAAUAUGAUCAGAGUAGAUUCAGAUGAUUAAAGAUCUGGUGAUAAAUCUAAGAGAGCUGUGUAAUCGAGAUACAGAAAAAGUAUUCUAGAAAACUCAAAGUAAAGAACUGCAAGGGCUUUCACUAUCAAUGAUCAUAGUAAGCAGAGCAGUUUGUUCUAGAUGAUGGACUUCAAUCGGUAAGUUUCAUUAAGGAAAUUGGGAAAUCAAAGUAAGAAGGAAACUAAUGAAUCUCCCAGGACAAAUCAAAAUGAGAAUAGUCUAUCAAAGAGAACAUAGUAUUCUAAGAAACUAUAAGAGAGACUUCUUAAUGAUAUCUUAAUGAGGAUACCUGGAAAAUCUCAAUGUGGAAUCAGAUCUCAUAAGUUCAAGGAGAGUAACACUCAAUCGAUACCUUAGUCAACCAGCACUACUCAUCUUUUUAUAAACAAAAAUGCAGCUGCUUCCGCUUAUAAUACUUAAUUUAGUAGGAUGUUUAGUCAUAGAGAGAUCCCAUCAGUAAAAUCUCAUGGAAAGUUCAGACUAUUUGCAAAUACUAAUAGGAACCUCCCUCCUUCUGUUUCAAACAGAGACUUAUCAAUCACAGAAAACAAGGAUAAAUCUGACUGCAAGACAACUUAGAUAUAGUCUUAAUUGGAGAUGGAAGGCCAGUAGAAGUUUCCUUCGAUCUUCUAAAAAGAUGUAUUGAGCAAGAGAAGUUCUGGCAGUAAAAAGCAUAAGACUAACAUUUUGCUUAAAAACAAGUCGGCUAAAAUUCAUUAAAAAGACAAUCAGUAAACUUAAAAAGCGUUGCUUUCACUGUUCAAACAUUCUUAUGUGGAUGUUUCUAAAAUAAUUGGACACUUUGAUUAAAAUAAGUCAACUGAGUUUAAAAAGAAGAAUAAUUACUUUCAUGUUGAGAGACUUAAGUCUGAUUCGCAUAAGUCUAAGCACGGCUCUAAUAAUGAUGGAUGUUGCUCUGCUGUCAAUAAAAUCAAUCAGUCUUUUACAAACAUUAGCAAUAGAGGAAAAUAAUAAGGGCUUGAUUUUGAUGAGUAAACUUAAAAAGAAAUACUCUCCAAGUGCAUGUAUGAAUCAGUCAAUAAGAUCAUAUAUGAACAUGUUAAAAAAAAUUUAGUGCAAGAGGAGCAAUGCUAUAGCAAGCAACCAGGGUUAUUUGCACAUCCGAGUGCUAUUAAGGCUAUGAAGGAUGGAAAAUUAAAUUAACUAGAUGAGUAGUUCAUCAAGGAUUUACAGUCAAAUGGAUAUGGGAUUAAACAGGAUUUUAUCUAUGAAAAAGGAUUGAUUGAGAAAGUAGUGUCUAGAUUAACACUCUUAGAGAUUGAGGGGAAAUUUCAAAUAUAGAAAAGUUUAUUGCCAUUGGAGUAAAGGAUUAGAAAUGAUAAAGUGCUGCCUUUUAACAUAAAUGAAAUAGAAAAGAUUGAUGAGUUCGCUUAACUGCAUAAAAUAACAAAGCUAGUUUACUUCUUGCCAUUCGAACUCAAUAUGCACUUGAACUAUAUGUAACUACAAAUUACAGAUCACUUUGAAGCCUCUUAUUUCGGAGGAGCUGAUCAUAACUAGCACAAACUUCAUGCUGAUUCUGGAUUUGGAGAAUUUAACACAGGCUUGAAGAUUACGGUGUUGCUGAUUAUUAACGAUGAUAAGAGUGUAGACUCUGACUAUGGGUAGUUAAUAAUUGAACAAGAUGGAUAAGGUAAUGGCAGCGAAGGAGGAGAGUAGGUAUAAUAAAAGGCUAUAAAUUUGAGGAAUAAUACAUUGGUGGUGUUAAUGAGCAGAAAGGUAAGAUAUGAGAUUAAAGAUGUCAAAAGUAAGGUCUAUGUGAUUAAGGGAUUGAUAAGUGGACCUGAAGACCCUAAUAAAUUAUGUUGA